AAGAAGCCUUGGAAAUGCCAACUUUCCAGGCAAGUAAAUGCAAUUGGCUAAAUGCAGCUUAGACAAGUGCUAGCCUCAACCCUAAUAUAUGGGGAAUUGGGAACAAAUUCGUCGAGUUUCAUUCGAAAAAGAAACCCCUUAGAACCUAAAACCGGCACAGCAAGACACCGCAAAACAAACAUGCAACACAUGCAACAUACUAAACUGAAUGGACUUUGGAUUUUAGCAGCAUAAGAGAAAGGGAAUCACGAGAAAAUGGAAGAUAAACGAAUAGAAUAAAGGAAGAACCCAAUGGAUAAUUAGCCCUAGUUCUACUUAGAGUCUGGAACUUUAGUUAGUAGCUGUGAACAUCUCGAGGCAAUCGGACGCGUUAAAGAAAAACUAAAUACAAAAAACACAAGAAGGAUAUAAGAAGGAUACAAAGAUAUAAAAAGGAUACCAAAUAAACAAAUUAAAGCUAAUUAAACCAUUUACAAAAUGAAGUAUUUUGAGUUCUUAAGCCUCUCCUCGGUGGGCCUCAGCAUAGCCUGUGGAGACCUAUUAAUAGCCCUAUCAAUAUUGGGACCCUCCAGCUAUUAUCUGUAUUUUGAUUUCAUGGAUAUCGAAAAAUGGGAACAGGAUACCGAAGUAGAAGCUUUAACUCCUUUUGGUACCUUCUUUUCCACAUUGGUGAACUAUCUAUGGGUACGAGAGUUUUCGCAGGUUUUCUACAUGACAGCAACUUUUAUAAUUUGGGUAAAGGCGUUGAUAAAUCUAAUGGUGGCCUGUCUUCUUGUCGAUGGCAUCAAGCAGAAACGACUCGUUUGUAUUGCUCCCUGGUUAAUCAAUUCUUGUCUAUCAAUGGCUGUUGAAACGGGCAUUUUUGUGAGUCUGGAGCUCAGAAUUGACGAAGUUGAUGCCGCAGUUGAUCGCAGGAUAUCGCGAAGUCUAAUCUUUGGAAUAUUCAUAGUACUCAAUGCAUUAUUUUCUUAUGGCAUCUAUGCUCUCUAUCGGAAGCUUAAGUCUGCGCCCAGUGAGAAUAUCGAAAUCAUUCCCCAGAGUCCUCACACAUUUAAUGCCUGAAAUUAUUUGGAAUCCUGGUAUACCCUUAGAGGUUUAACUUAAAUCCGUUGUCCAGGAAUUUAUUUUUUGGAAUAGGUAAAUAAAAAUAUAUUUGGAAA